UCAAGCCGACAGAGGGACUCCACUCCAUGCACUGCUAUUUUGAUUCAUCACUUGCCAUCCUUUCCUCAGCAUCAAAUCUCAUGCUUCCACAAGGACUUGCAGUAAAUAAAACGGAUUGUCAAAAGACCACCGACCGGUCUCAGGUGCGCGGUCAGCGCUUAUUAUAAAACCGCCGAAGCGCAUCCGAGCCAAUCAAAGCGGAGAAGCGUCGACACUCCCACCUGCUCGGCCGCUAGAUGCCGCUGGCAGACCGCGCCCGGAUUCGACUGGGGGUCCUCGGAUGCUGCGCGCCCGGCCCCCCGGAGGAGUCAGAGGAUUACAAACUCCGGUUAAGUGGCGCACCGCCCCCCCUUCUCCUCCCAUUUUUGCUCCGCGCGCAUCCUGGCCAGCGCUCGCCCGCCGGGAAUUGAAAUGCGGCGCUAAGACUCGCUCGUCUGCGCCGUCCUUCCGCGGUUCUGCGGCGUCGUGGCUCGACUGAAAUCGGAAAAGACAGAAGCGUGAGAGAGGACGAGGCGCGAUGGGUCUGGAGACGGAGAGGUAGGCGCCCGGGAUCGGCACGUCAACGGCGAGGGGAAGUUGUUUGCCUGCCUCGGGUCUUCAAGUCCAAGUAGGUGCGUGAUUGCGCAUUGACGAUGAGCAAUAUCUACGAGUCGGCGGAGGCCACGCUGGGCUUCAUCAGCUCGCCGUGUCUGACCAAAGUGGAGCUGAGAGUGGCCUGUCGGGGAAUCUCCGACCGAGAUGCCCUCUCCAAGCCCGACCCUUGCGUGGUUCUCAAGAUGCAAUCUCACGGGCAGUGGUUUGAGGUUGACCGCACUGAGGUGAUCCGCAGCAGUAGCAGCCCGGUUUUCUCCAAGAUUUUUCUUGUGGAUUAUUACUUUGAAGAAGUCCAAAGGCUGCGUUUUGAACUUCACGACAUCAGCUCGGGCAACAAUGGCCUGCGGGAUGCUGACUUUCUCGGGGCUAUGGAGUGCACUUUAGGGCAGAUUGUUUCUCAAAGGAAGCUCACUAAGGCGCUUCUGAAACAAGGAAAUACUGCUGGGAAGUCUUCCAUCAUGGUGACGGCGGAGGAGCUGACGGGUAACGACGACUACGUCGAACUCUCCUUCAGUGCUCGGAAGUUGGACGACAAGGACUUCUUCAGCAAAUCGGACCCUUUCCUGGAGAUUUUUAGAAUAAAUGACGACGGGAGUGAGUCUCUCGUACAUCGAACGGAGACAGUGAUGAACAACUUGAGCCCUGUUUGGAAAUCCUUUAAAGUUUCCUUGAAUACGCUCUGCAGUGGCCAUCAGGAACGGGAGCUCAAGUGCACCGUUUGGGAUUGGGACUCCAAUGGAAAGCAUGAUUUUAUCGGGGAGUUUCAGACAACGUUCAAGGAGAUGAGGGCGGAGCAAGAGGGAAAGCAGUGGGAGUGCAUCAACCCCAAAUACCAGAUGAAAAAGAAAAAUUAUCGAAACUCAGGCGUCGUCUUCCUCAACCACUGUAAGAUCAUCAAAAUGUAUUCAUUCUUGGAUUACAUCAUGGGCGGCUGUCAAAUCCAGUUCACAGUGGCGAUAGACUUCACGGCGUCCAACGGGGAUCCACGAAACAGCUGCUCCCUCCAUUACAUCCACCCCUACCAACCCAACGAGUAUCUGAAAGCUUUAGUGGCCGUGGGGGAGAUCUGCCAAGACUAUGACAGCGAUAAAAUGUUCCCGGCUUUUGGUUUCGGAGCUUUAAUACCGCCUGACUUCAAGGUGUCGCAUGAUUUCGCCGUCAACUUUGAUGAAGACAAUCCGGAAUGCGCCGGAAUCCAAGGUGUGGUUGAGGCCUACCAGAAUUGCCUUCCCAAGAUUCAACUGUACGGGCCUACCAAUAUAGCCCCCAUCAUCCAGAAAGUUGCCUCGUCCGCCUCUGAGGAGAUGCACACCAAAGAGGCAAUGGAAUAUUUCAUCCUCCUCAUCCUCACCGAUGGCGUCAUCACCGACAUGGCCGACACACGGGAAGCCAUCGUGCACGCCUCCCACCUGCCCAUGUCGGUCAUCAUCGUCGGCGUGGGCAACGCAGACUUCACCGACAUGCAGAUCUUAGACGGCGACGACGGCAUUCUGCGCUCCCCCAAGGGCGAGCCCGUCCUGCGCGACAUCGUCCAGUUCGUCCCCUUCAAGGAUUUCAAGCACGCGUCCCCGGCCGCCUUGGCAAAAAGCGUCCUGGCAGAAGUCCCCAACCAGGUGGUGGAUUACUAUAACGCUAAAGGCAUCAAACCCAAGUGCAUGUCGGACUAUGAGACCAGCAGAACCUUCAGUCCCUGACUAUACGCGCUCAUGUAAAUACAGAGACAUUAGCUCAGAGAAAUAGUUUGUGCAGGUGAACCAGUUCGAACAUUGCAUGAUAUUUCUAGAACCAGCAUGCAGACCUCAGCCAUCCCAAAGAAAUGACAUCAUACCUUAUUCAAAUAACUAGCAAGAAGUGCAUACAUUACCAAAAAAAAAAAAAAAAGUCAUGAAUGUACUCCUUAGAACUAGCAUUGUAUUUCUAUUAGCUUCCUGUAUAGCGCUUAGCAUCAAUGCAUGCGUAAGGGAGAGCGGGGUUGGUUGUCGCGCGGGUUGAUUGCGACGCUUGCUGUAACUCGCAAGAUUAGGUAGGGUUAGGGUUUAGAAUCGUGCCAAUAAAAAUAUCUACAUUAGCGAUGUCAUGUUAGCAUGUUUUUGUGAGUACCACUGGAGACUAGGAAGGCUGGCAUUGAGUUAUCAUGCAUCACUGAGCCAUUGACGGUGAAGGAAAAAGUUAAUUUUCUCUUUUUACGGAUUAUUUUAUUCUCUUAUUGAACAGGAGAUGACGACAUACAACUGAGUAACAAAAAGAAAGCAGUGAACGGCUAUGCUAAAUACUGGGGCUGUCAAACGAUUAAAAGUGUUAAUCGAGUUAAUUACAGCUUAAAAAUGAAUUAAUCGCAAUUAAUCGCAAUUCAAACCAUCUUUAAAAUAUGCCAUAUUUUUCAUAAGACACAAGACUGAUAUAUACAUUCAACAUACGGUACAUAAGUACUGUAUUUGUUUAUUAUAACAAUAAAUAAACAAGAUCGCAUUAACACUAACAUUCUGUUAAAGUGAUCCAUGGAUAGAAAGACUUGUAGUUCUUAAAAGAUAAAUGUUAGUAGAAGUUAUAGAAAUUUUGUAUUAAAACUAGGGCUGUCAAACAAAAUUUUUAAUCGAGUUAAUUACAGCUUAAAAAUUAAUUAAUCGUAAUUAAUCGCAAUUCAAACCAUCUAUAAAAUAUGCCGUAUUUUUCUGUAAAUUAUUGUUGGAAUGGAAAGAUAAGGCACAAGAUGGAUAUAUACAUUCAACAUACGGUACAUAAGGACUGUAUUUGUUUAUUAUAACAAUAAAUCAACAAGAUGGCAUUAACAUUAUUAACAUUCUGUUAAAUCGAUCCAUGGAUAGAAAGACUUGUAGUUCUUAAAAGAUAAAUGUUAGUAUAAGUUAUAGAAAUUUUAUAUUAAAACUAGGGCUGUCAAACAAUUAACAUUUUUAAUCGAGUUAAUUACAGCUUAAAAAUUAAUUAAUCGUAAUAAUCGCAAUUAAUCGCAAUUCAAACCAUCUAUAAAAUAUGCCAUAUUUUUCGAUAAUUUUGACAGCCCUAAUUAAAACCCCUCUUAAUGUUUUCGUUUUAAUAAAAUUUGUAAAAUUUUCAAUCAAAAAAUAAACUAGUAGCCCGCCAUUGUUGAUAUCAAUAAUUACACAAUGCUCAUGGGUGCUGAAACCCAUAAAAUCAGUCGCACCCAAGCGCCAGCAGAGGGCGACAAAACUCCAAAAAACACAAGUAACAAGUGGACAUUACACUGUGCUGUCAUUUUAAUCCGUUUGAGCGGGGCAUGUGCGUUAAUUGCAUCAAAUAUUUAAACAUGAUUAAUUAAAAAAUUAAUUACCGCCCGCUAACGCGAUAAUUUUGACAGCCCUAAUAAAUACAUUUGUUAAGGAAAGAAUAAUUAAAAGCUGGCCGGCUAGGACAAACGUCCCAGUGAGCACUAUACUGUACAUGUGUCCUCAAGUAUCGUAAUUUUCGGACAAUAAGACGCUACUUUUCUUUCAUUUUGAAUCCUGCGGCUUAUAGUCCAGUGAGGCUUAUUUGUUGUUCUGUUAAUAGGUUAAUAAUCAUUAGACUGUAAUAAUUAUGACAAGACACUGUCACACACACGCAGUCUUAUAGCACCACUGUCAAAGUGUUACCAAAUACAAUAAUUAGCAAUUAAUGAAACAACUGGAGCAGUAACUGAAGAACUAAUUAGCAGAGAACAUGAAUUUUUCAUUGUUUUUUUACAUCUGUCGAGCUGCAAUGCAUGCUAGAAGGCAUGUUGGACGACAACAGUGUUGACAGCAGGUAGCAUUAGAGGUUGACUGUUUCCCCUCAAGGGAGCAGUGAUGGCCAAAUGAAGCUUCUUGAAGCAAUGAAGCUUUGCAGCCAAUUGGUUCAAAGCUUCAUUUCGUCUUAUGACAGUCGUAUUAUGCCGCUGUCAAAUAAGCUGUUACCGGUUUUUAUCUUUUGGUGUAAAUAUCCCAUAAUACAGUGAGGACAGCUGCGACUUAUAGUCCAGUGUGGCUUAUCUAUGAACAAAUGCUGUUUUCUUGCCAAAUUUAAAGGGUGCAGCUUAUAGUCAGGUGCGCCUUAUAGUGCAAAAAUUAUGGUAGAUCUGCCCCGACCUUUAAAAUCAUACAGUUUAUAUUUGUCGUUAUACCAGGCGGCAGACUAGUGCCCCGACAUGAGAAACAGUGGAAAAACACGAAGUAGCUGUCUUAACUAACCUCAUGACCUUCCCUCAAAAAAGACGCUUUGAAUCUUAUCCGGUACAAAAUGAUAUGAAAUUGAAAGUAGCAAGUGCUAUUAGCAAACAAAUAGGCACAAAUAUCAAUACAGUGGCCAUAAACAUACAAUCCAUUUUGAGUGGGAAGGUAAGCAGCGCAUUAUUUACUUUCGCGGGCCUCACAAAAUGAUGUGGCGGGCCAAAUCUGGGCUGCUAGUUUGACACCAGUUGUGUAGCCUGUCACUCAAUAUCAAAACACAGUAGGUUUCUAUUUAUUAAACUGUUUAAAUGAUACUGUUAAAAAUGAUGAGUCCUAAGCGAUAUGAAUGCUAGCUAGCCUGUUGCUUGCUAGCUUUUUGGUUAGUUUUUAGUGAAAAACACGAGUUAGGCUUGGUUUUCAUUAUUUUCUUUUUUAUUCUAAAUGAGUUUUUGAGUAAAAAUCACGAGUAAAAAUUGGAACAAGCAACCCCGUUCUCCUUCAAUUAGUGAAUCUUGCUGGUUAUCAGAUAAAGUAUUUGUCAUUUCAGUGACAUUACGGGCUGUUUUUUUUUUGUUUUUUUUAACGAUACAAUCGAUUUUGAGGGUUAAAUAACGAUAUAAUUGUAAUAAUUUCUUAAUAAUCUUCCUAAAUUGUAAAGAGUUUUGCAGGGAUAGAUAAGGUGUGUGUUGUAGACGCGAUUUUGUGAACUGUUUUUCCUUGUAAAAUGCAUGUGGAUUAUAAUAAAGGCAUUUCGUUUUUCUCAUUUUGUGACAUUUUCUGUGCGAUUGAUGGCGUAAGACGUCUAAUGCAUUUUGAAUGCGAGGGCUGGCCAUGGCAAUGAUA